UCUCCCAAGAUAUCGACAUGCUAAGUUCCUCUAUUUAUCCGCUUGCUAAUCCCAAGGGUGUCAAAAUGGAAUGUGAGAUAUGCCAAAAAACCGCUCACGUUAUGUGCACCCAGUGCAGGGUUACUUACUACUGUGAUGUAACACACCAAGCAGCGGAUUGGAAUGGAAUCCAUGAGAAGAUUUGUCAGCUUCUGAUUCCAGUACGGAUGCCACUGCCAUUCUUCAGCUCUAAAAAGGAGCGAGAUCACAGUAAGGAGCAGCUGGUGCAGAGACAGAAAUAUCUCAUUGAUCUGACACGAACUGUGGCUCAAAAGCUUCUGUUUGAGGGUAAACAUGAAAAGGCUAUUCCUGGAGCCUUGCAGUCCAUGCGCUUUGCAUCUGCUGUUUACGGCAGCCUCUCCGCUGAGUUAGUGCCAUCGCAAUUACUCCUGGCUGAAGCUAGUAUCGGCCUUGGCCGAUUGUAUGAAGCAGAAGAAUAUCUAUCUCAAGCUCAGUGGACAAUGAUGAAGACCACGGAGUGUAUUAAUGCCAUUCAAUACAAGUUAUACCGAAAUCUGGGUCUGCUGUACACUGCCAAAUGUGAAUAUGACAAAGCACUCUGGUACUUUGCUGAUGAUAUUUACCAUGCUACUCGGGUAUUUGGUGUGUCCGAUAUUCACGUAGCUGGUGGGUAUUACCAUAUGGCCAAUGUGUUUUACAAACAAGAAAAGAUGGACAUAGCAGACUCACUGUACUCAGAGGUGACCAAUAUCUGGAAAAAUUUCUUGGCUGAACUGGUUGAGACAGAAAUACAAAAAUCUCUGUGGAAAGCUGGCCUCAGUUCACCAGAAUCUGGCACCAGCCUUGUUGAUAUGGAAGAUGUUUUUGAUGCAUCUCAGAAAGCAGAAGCAGUCAAGAUCCUACAUGUGAUUUUUGACAUGAGGAACCAAGAGCUCCUCGUGAAAAACGGCAAGAUUGGAAAUAUUGCUCACACCCUGGCAAGGCUUUAUUAUCUGUUCCAAGACUUUAGCAAGGCAAUUGAAUAUGGGGAACUGGCUUUGGAAGACAACAAGAUGUUUGUACACAAAAAAGAGAUUGCAACAAUCCAACAUCUUCUCACAAUGGCUAAAAAAGCACUGUCAUAUCCUGGUGGAAAGGGACCGUCUCCUUAUGAUUGGGCUAACUCGUGCUAAAAAAUUGCUAUAUUAUUAUGUCAGGUUAUUAAUUUUGAAUGCCAAAAUGGAGAUGUGGUUACAUUUUCAAACACCCACAUGGAAGGGGACUGAGACUUUCCAAUAUUUUGGCAAUAUAUUAAUAAAAACAGAAAACUAUCUUUGUGUUUCUUGAACAAAAUAUUACAGCAAAUGAGAUUGUGAGCAUUACCUGCGGCAGUUAAAAGCCAGUAUCAUACAAAAUAAAUGAGUCAACCCCACAGCCAUGUAUUUAUAAAACACCAAAUGUUUCACAAUGCUAUCACAACUACUGUACAAGUCAGUGUUUUGUGUUAAUACAUCAACUGUGUUAUGCAUAGCAUAAAAGUCCUCGUGAAUGGGAGUGGUGGGGUAGGAAUACAGAGUUAGGAAUACAGAAAAUGACUAACCAUCUUGGUUGACACCAAAAUAAUUCCCCGGUUUUGGAAAUCUGAAAUCCAACCCAAAAUUGAUCAAAAACUGCAAAUAGCAGAUGAACUAGUGGAGAGCAACCUAACACAGCAGGGGUUUUCCACCAUUGUAAAGUGGCAGUGCAGAUUUAUCAAAAAGGUAGCACCAACACUUAAUAAUGACAAGCAUACCAGAAUAAAAGUUACUAAGCACUGUUAGAAACAGAACAGAAUCUACAUUUAUUUCUAUUGUUAUCUGUUAUAUUUGGUAUUUCAAUAAAGGCAACUGUGUAACAGUAAAGACAGAGGUGAGUAUAACCUCUACACUACAUACCAAUAUCUUGUACACUUAGAAGGAUAAUGUACUUGACCAGUGUUGUGGAUGUGCACUGAGCUAUGUUCCUCCCAGUCCCACCAUGUCAACUUGUUUCUUUUGGUCAAGGGAGGCACAAGGCAGAUUUAGAAAAGACAAAAUAUUGAGAGGUCUAGGCAGGGCAAAUACGAAGAGCAUACAUUUAAGAUCAUUAAGAUUAUGGAGUGGGAUGGGGUGUUACACUAAAAAAAGAACUAGAGCUCUGGGGAUUUGGAACUUAUCCCCAGAGGAUUAAUAUCCUCUGUAAUAUCCUCAGAGGAUUUGGAACUUAAAGAACUGUGGAAGCUGAGAUCUUGUUGUUUAAAACAAUGUCUACAUGAACAAACUAAAAACAGGCUACAGAUUAAGACCUUGAAUCAGGAGGAUAAAAUAGCCAAACGUGCCCAAUAUCCUUCAGUCUACUAAAUAAUUCCAAGACUGGCUCUACCCCUAGAGUCAUCAUGCCCAUGUCUCCAGCCACUCACUUUAACAAUGUUUCUCAAUGAACACAGCAUCUUUUUUUUUCCCAGCAUUAAUUCAUAGGAUGAAGCAAGCAACAGCCCUAUUAAUUCCUCAUCCUUUUUUCCAGUCCUGGUGAAGGUUUCAGCCCAAAAUGUCAGCUGUUUACGCUUUUCCAUGGACACUCCCUGGUCUGCCAAGUUCCUCCAUCAUUUUGUGUGUGUUGCUUGGAUUUCCAAUGUUUGCAGAUUUUCUUGUCUUUGGUGCUAUUUUUAAAAAUGCCAAAAAUAAAGGCCAUCUCUAUGAUUAAAGGAAUUAAAUUUUAUGGGAAUCUGGAACUUGAUGUCUUCGAGGCUGGGAGAGCCAGAAUCUCAGUUUAUAAAGUACCAGGAUGGGCACUUGAUGGGCCACGAUGUACAAAUCUAAGAGCUGGGCACUUCUGUUAGUCCACAUGGUUUUUCUGGUCAAAAAUGACCAAAAUCCCACCCAUGAUAUCCAAUAAAUCAUUGUCAAAAUUUACAAGUAGAAAGCAAAGAACACUGGUUCUGAAGGCAGUUGUGGCGUACAAAACCAAUGAAAAUCCAAAACCAACUUCUAAGUGCAAUGAGUGGUUAAAUGUUGAAAUUUUACAAAUUCUUAGCAAUAUGUUUUCAAAAAGGUUGUUUCACUGUAGUAUAAUACAUCAGUGCACAAUGUAACCGUUUAUGGCUCAAUUGUUGGAAAAUACACAGCUUAAUAAAUGUUAGUUUCUGUGAAUCAUUUUAUUACAUUCUAGAAAAUUUGAAACAAAUUUUAAAUCAUGAUCAAUGUAACUAAUACUACAGCUGUGACUUUUCAACUAGUUAUUUAAAUAUCACUUGAGGGAGUUUUAAAAACUGCUAGAUCCAUAAAACAUUCUGUAAGCUCCAAAGUGAUAACUGCAAAAUGGUCUAGGUUGAUAGAUGACUAACAUUCUUUGGGGGAAGAAAAGCGCACAAACUUGGAUCUAUAGUGUGGUGUUGCUUAACAAAUAUAAUAUUACAGUUUUUAUUAUUAAUGUUUAACUCAAAGAAUAUGGAUUUAUUUUUUUUAAUAUUCACUACCUUGUGGACCUUGCACAACUAUUUAGUUCCAUAGAGGCCAAAAGAAAUGCAUGGUGUAAUAGUGGUUCAGAAUGUAAUCAUGCUACUGCCAAAACCACAAGGGGUGAAAUGGGGGAGGAAGGGGUAAGCAACAUAUUUAAGGCCCUUUUAGUAUUCUGCUGAAAUUAUAUACCCUGCACAUUUUUUCCAUUUUAAGAGUAGCAUCUAAAUAGAGGUAUCCUGUUAUUCUAUCAUGUAUUGUUUGAAGUGCUUGCUUUUAAUCUGAAUCUUAAAAGACAAGAAUAUUCUAAGAAUGUGAAAGUAAAUGUUAUCAUGUUUUCUGUCAUUUGUGUAGUUCACAUCACAACCAUUUAUCCAUCUACAAACGUAGUAAAACUCCAGUUGGUUUAUUGUUAAAAAUUCACAUACACAUAGGAAGGAAAGUACAAUACUGAUUUCAAGAAUUCAGUUUACUUCCAUUCAAAUGUUCAUGAACCCACUACCAAGUAUUCUCAAUUUCAUUAGUCCUUCAAAUUUUCAAAUAAUGCAAGUCAACCACUUACCAUUUAACCACACUCUUCACAUCUUUACAAAUCACAAAAAAACAUACAUAUGCGCUCUCUCUCUCUUUCACACACACACACACACGGAAUGCAAAAAUAAAUUAGUAACCCACUGUUGUAAUAGAUGACUGCCAAAAAAGACCAAAAUAGAGAAGAGUUUGUUUCUUCAUGGCAAAAGCAAAAGGAUAGUUUGCAUUUAUGGCAAAGGAUAUCACUCAUAUCAUCAGAAUCAAAAUCAUAAAAUGAGUUAAUAUGUUUUAUUAUACCUUUGGGCUGCAGUUACUCAGAUGUCAACAAAAAAGCUGUACAACAAAGCGGCGCAAGUAGCACAUAAAGUAGCACCAGGUCUACAAGUGGAACAUUUUCUAUUUUAGUUUCAUAUUCAAAUGACAAAUCACAAGUAGAACAAUAUUUAUUAAAAAGUAAAAAUGUUUUUUAAAAAGUUUAAAUUUAUAAAAUAUCAUUUUCUGUGAAAAAAGAUGAAAAAUUUACGCAUUUAUAAAUUUUCAAAUUCUAGCUGCCAGUUGGACAAGAUAAAAAAAAAGCUACAAAUUUAGGUUUAUAAAAAUUCACAACUUAUAUACAAGGUCCUUUUGGUGCAAAUCAUUAUUACACCAUUCAGAACUGCAGCCCAAGGGUCUAAUAGAUUAUCUGAACAGAAUGCAUACUCUAAUUUUAUUUUGCACUAUUUGAAUGCCACAGUCACUUUUACAACUCCUGGCUGUUUGAUCCUGAAGACAAGGUAAUUGCACAUUCCACUACUGGCAGAUCC